GCGCUGCAGCAUGGCUACGCGGGCCAAGCGGCGGCCGCCCCAGCCGCCCGCUGAGGAGCGGGACUCGGAGUCGAGCUCGGGCUCGGAGUCGGGCGACUCGGACUCGGGGGAGGACGAGAGGAUCGAGGAGGAAGUGAAUAUUGAAUUUGAAGCACAUUCAAUAUCAGACAAUGAUUACAAUGGGAUAAAGAAACUACUUCAACAGUUGUUUCUAAAAGCUCCUGUUAACACUGCUGAAUUAACUGAUAUGUUAAUACAACAGAAUCAUAUUGGAAGUACUAUCAAGCAAGCCGAAGUCCAAGAUGACAGUGGUGGUGAUGAUGAUGAUGACGAAGAUGAAGUCUUCGGUUUUAUAAGCCUCUUAAACUUAACUGAAAGGAAGGGUACACAAUGCGCUGAACAAAUCAAAGAGCUGAUUUUAAGUCGGUGUGAGAAGAACUGUGAACAGCGUGUAGUUGAACAACUGGAUAAGAUCCUAAAUGACAAUACUAAGCCUGUGGGUCUCCUACUAAGUGAGAGAUUCAUUAAUGUACCACCACAGAUUGCUUUGCCCAUGCACCAGCAGCUUCAGAAAGAGUUGACUGAUGCACAGAAAACAAACAAACCUUGUGGAAAGUGCCACUACUACCUUCUCAUCAGCAAGACCUUUACAGAAGCUGCAAAGAGCAAUUCUAAGAGAAGAGAAGGGAAAAAUCAGCAAAAGGAGGAAUUAAUGUUUGCAAAUGCAGAAGAAGAAUUCUUUUAUGAGAAAGCUCUUCUGAAGUUCAACUAUUCUGUGCAAGAGGAGAGUGACACCUGUUUGGGCGGCAGAUGGUCCUUUCACGAUGUACCAAUGAAACCUUUGCGGACUGUUAUGAUAAUCCCAGCUGAUGGGAUUAAUGCAAUUAUGGAUAAACUCAAAGACUAUCUCUCACUGUAAACUUUCCUGUGAACACUGUUUUUUAUAAAGCAGUCAUGCAGAACUAUGACUUCGCAUUAGUUUCAGAAGACUACUGUUGACUUCACGGUUUUGUACUGUUCAGAUGUUUCAUCUGUACACUUAGAAGAAAAGUAGGUGGUACAACUAUCAAUACCAAUCAAAUUAAUAUUUAAAAUAUUAUAUCGUUAAACAUUCAGUAAGAAUCCAAUGUUACAAAGAAACUUCAAGAAGUGCUCAAUGUUUUUUAACAAAAUGCAUCGUGUGUUGUCAUGUUAGCAAAGAAUUCAUAAAACUCUUCUUGUUAAGAAAAGUACUAUGUGAAUUUUUUCUCUUAUUAAAUGCAUUUAUGCCGAAAGUUCAAAAUAAUUACAUCAGUUAAAAUUGGGAUGUA